AUGACGUCCGACGAGUCUGAUUUGUACGACAGCGACUCGGAGCCGGGAGUGGCGACGCGCACGCAUCACGGACCGAAGAGUGUGCAAUUUGACUUAUCGUCGUCGCCGUCGCAAUUCCUCGAAGGGAUCCCCCGGAGGCGUCCGAGCAGCCGGUCCCAUCACCGGCACAGAAGCACCGAGCGCCCCCCGAACCCUUUCGCUCCCGCAUCCGCACCGUUCCCGGUCCCAGGAUCUCGCGCACGCCCCAUGCCGCCGCAUGUCCAGACCCAGAAUCUACCCCAGUUCUCCAGAAGCAUGGGCGGGAACCCCUUCAGCCCGAAUCCCGUCGACCCAUCGCCGCCGUAUUAUUCAUACCCGUCAGCGGCCGGGUACAACUACCCCCCAGGCCAGUAUCCGAACAGCGCACCCCCAAGGCCGCCGUCAUCCGGCCAUCACCGGGCUAACCCGUUCGACCCUUCGCCCAGGUCGUACACAGACCGUGAAAGUCCGUACUAUGGAAUCCCGGUGCCGUCACAGCCUCAGCCGAUACCUCGCUAUGAGGGCAGAAACCCCUCUCGGCCAAAACCGCGCCCUAUCCAGCCGCAGUCAGUCGACAUGGAGCACGUCCAGCGGACCAUGAGCAGUCUCCUCGAGCGCGAGAAGGCGCGAGAGAGGCAGGCUAUGGAAGCUGCGCAGCGUGAGAGGGACAUUGCCGUCCUCAGCAGGGAGAUGGACAGGAAGAUGAAGCUCGGUUUCGGGGAGAUCCGGAACGAGCUGUUCCAGAACGACUUGAAUUCUGAACCAGGGCCGCCGCGGUCAGAGUAUGCAAUGCGGAUGUACACGACACCCGCGCGGUCUGUCGAUGACCGGACGUACUGGGCCGGCAGACCCGGUGCGCCGCCGCCCGAUCUCAACCAGCAAGAGAUGGACCAGCUGUGGGAGGGCAGGAGACAGCUCGAUCCCAAGUACGCGAACCGGAUCCAAGGCCGGCAAGAUCCCAGGCUGGAAUUCGACAGACGGUCCUCGUUCAGCUCCCGCCUUGACCCGGAGCAGAUGCAGAGAGCCAUCCAGGCCGGCGUGGAGGUUGCCCUGAGCGAGCUAGACAACAGCUACGGCGCUCCCAGUCCUCUCUCGCAACGGCCUGCCUCGACUGUCUACGGAACAAGCCCGACCGCCCGCCGGCAUUCGCAGCAGAUGUGGCCUAACGGAAUGUACAGAGCCGAGACGAUGGAGCCGCGGAGCAGCCCCUUUGCGCCUCCGUCGCCCGUCGAACAGCGCAGAGCCUUCGACCGGCACGCGGUGGACAACCCGCAGACGGAAGCGGAAUGGGUCGGCCGCCCGCGUCCGCGGCGGAGAACCGAAGGGAUGAACAUCACCGUCCAGCGGAGCGGCGCGCCGGGGCGGUCCGCCUCGCACAGAGACAAGCCGCGGUCCAGACCGGAAAUACAGAUGAGCGGGGGACGGGGACCGACGUACCAAGAUGUGGGCGCAUCCACCGCCGUUGUUCGAAGAAUACCAGCUGAUCAAGUUGGGCCUAGAAGAUUGUACCCUAACGGGUACCGAGAACCGUAUUUUGAGGAGGACACAGACUCGGACGAGUCGAAUGCGCAGACGCUGGCCAGGUAUCCGCCGCCGCCGGUGCCGGACCCCCCGAGGUGA